GGGGGCUCAUCUUCUUUGAUUCUUGUUCGUCUUUUCUCUCUGUCUCUCGUUGUUGAUCAUGGAUUCCAAUCGUUUGGCGAUGGAAUUCGUGAUCAAUGUCGGGAAAUAUGACUGAGCCCUCGAUCCCUCAGCCCCAAUCGACACCAAUUUCACUGAGGAUGGAGGAGACUAAGAUGGAGGAGAAGAUACUUUCAUCAGCUGCGGCAUUUGUGGAAGGUGGCCUCCAAGAUGCAUGUGGUGAUGCUUGCAGUAUAUGUCUCGAGGAUUUUUGUGACAGUGAUCCUUCUACUGUUACAAAUUGCAAACAUGAGUUCCAUCUCCAGUGCAUCCUUGAAUGGUGUCAAAGAAGUUCUCAAUGCCCUAUGUGUUGGCAAGCCCUUAGCUUGAAGGAUCCCAUCAGCCAAGAAUUACUUGAAGGUGUGGAAAGGGAGAGAAAUUUGAGGGCAAGUCGAUCACGAAGUACUACAUUUUAUCAUCCAGCACUUGGAGAUUUUGAAUUACAACAUCUACCACUUGGUCCUAAUGAUGCUGAACUUGAGGAACGUAUAUUCCAACACCUGGCUGCAGCUGCCGCAAUGGGUAGAGCACAACAUAUUGCAAGAAGAGAUGGGCAGCGAGGAAGGUCUGCGGCAAGGGGCAGGCCCCAAUAUGUUGUAUUCUCAACAAAUUCAAGCUCCGUUCCAGCUACGUCUGGUGAGAGAGGAGAAGGUGAAACCACUGCAACUACUGUCUCUGCUGGCUCAGGCUCAUCAGGUUCCAUUGCUAAUACGUUAGAGGAAUCAAUUCCUCAGGCCCAACGCACAACCCAAGCUCAGACCAGUCAAGUUGUCUCCAUACAACCUGGACCCAGUUCUGUUGCGACUGCCCGACCUGUUCUGUCUCAUAGCCGGAGCUCUGUCGUUCACUCCACUCAAGAUAGAGCAGGACCAUCGGAUUUCCAGUCUUUUUCAGAAACCUUAAAAUCUCGCUUUAAUGCAGUCUCAUUGAGAUACAAGGAGAGCAUAGCAAACAGUACUCGUGGAUGGAAAGAGAGAUUUUUUUCACGCAACACUUCUACGGCAGAUCUUCAUUCUGAUGCCAGGAGAGAUGUUAAUACUGAAGUGGCUACUGUCUCUCGCAUGAUGGAGUGCCUCGGUACAAGAAAUGGUAUCCAAGCCACAAGCCCCUCUCUCACACAAAGCACUGAAGGUCAUACAUAUUCCAGUGAUGAAAGAGUUUCUGAUAAUUCUGCUAAUCCUGCAACAAAUGGUAGUGCUGCUCCUGCUUGUUUUACCUCAAAUCCAGGUCCAAGUUGAGCUGUUGUUCUCUUUCAUUUUCAGGCCAUCUCCAUCAAACAUCAGGUUCUUUACUUUUGGAGGAGGUGCUGUUAGGCUUUUAUCUGGACUGAAGAUGCAAUCUGGAAAUAAAUGGUGUGUAAAUUCUUGUCAAUCCCCUCCGGACUUGUGGAAUUUGUAUAUAUGUGUUUAAUAUGCUCUGAUUGAAUGAGAGAAAGGGGGCUGGUCUGUGAAAUCUAUUAAUAAAAUUUGAAUGAAAACAUUUCUAUGUUA